CGAAUCGGCGAAAAGCAUCAUUCGAAAAGUGACCGUGCUCGAGAGCAGACGUGUGUAUCUGUCGUCCAUGUCGCAAAGCGGCGUACCAACGCCAUAUAGAAAUUAGAGCCCAAAAGCGUGAAAGUAUCGAUUUUCCAGUGUGAAACUGCACUAAAAACAGUGCAAAGUGUAUAGCGAGCCAACAAAUCACACGCCACAAGAUGGCGGACGACGAACAGUUCUCGUUGUGUUGGAACAAUUUCAACACAAACCUAUCAGCUGGAUUCCAUGAAUCCCUCGUCCGGGGCGACCUGGUGGACGUCACACUGGCCGCCGAAGGUCAACUAGUUAAGGCACACAGACUCAUCCUAUCAGUAUGCUCUCCGUACUUCCGGAAAAUGUUCACCCAAAUGCCUGCCAAUCAGCACGCAUUCAUUUUCCUGAAGGACGUCAGUCAUUCGGCACUGAAGGAUCUCAUCCAGUUUAUGUACUGUGGGGAGGUGAACGUGAAGCAGGAUGCUCUGCCCGCGUUUAUCAGUACGGCGGAAGCGCUACAAAUUAAAGGACUGACUGAAACGGGAGAAAGCGCACCCACCCAUCCAUCACCCGCCAAAGAAGCCUCCCACAUACCGUCGGCGAGUUCGACGACCAUUCCAUCUCUGGCGUCGUCUCCGCGGGCGAAACCGAUCGUGCGAAGUCGGAUCCAGUCGUACAAACUCGACUCGGACGACGGAAGCGAUCACGAGAAAAUAGUACAAAUUCAAGCCACCUCUACCCCUGCCUCCGUUGCCAGCGCCAGCAGCAGCACAGCGACCACCCAGGUCAGUGUUCCGCAGCAGGUGCAAAUCCUCCAACAACAGACCCCGCAAGCCCAGAAACGCACCCUCCAGCAACGAGCCUCGAUCACCCCGCAAACGACCCAGAUCAUGAAACGAGCCAAGCUUACCGAUCCGCUUGAAGCUUCCGAACCGACACAGAUCCAAACUGUUCAGAUUGUGAAGCAAAUCGCGCCGACCCCGCAGCCCUCGGUAUCCUCCGAACCGGAAUACGUUGAAAUGCCAAUCGAAACGAUCAACCCGAAAGCGGAACCGGAAUAUGCGGACGAUCCCUCAGAGGUCGAAGCGAUCGAUACGGAACACGAACAGGAACAAUCACUAGCGGAACAAGAGGCAGCGGAACACGAUCAGGCAGAAGACGAUUCGGCACAUUACGUUGAAGACGAAACGUACGGUGAUAUGAGCAAAUAUGACGAAACAUACUUCGCGGAGGGUGACGACGCUAAGGCUGGCGCUUCUGGGUUCAGUGAAUCGUACGCAGAGAGUGGCACCGGAGCGGACCAGGCAGCACAAGAUCUUCUACUCAUGGCGCCCCCUUCGCAUGAUUUUGCCGCCUCCUUCAAGAUCACAUUGCCGCCUCGGAUGGUUUCCAAUUUCCGUUUCCCUAUCGACAAUCCGGACACGCUGGAGGAUCUGGAAUAUGCGGUGAAGAACGAUUCCAGAAGCAAAGCAAAAUAUAUCAAGUUCCUUCGAAGGAUUAAACCUACCACCACACCACUCAGCAGGAGGGACGUCUUUAGGAAGAUUUUCUCGGACACGGCCAUCUUCCCGCACUUUUGUUUUAGCGUUCCCAAAAUUGACAACGACGGAAAUCACAGGAGAGCCUUGAAGUGUUUCCAGAUUUUUGAGCCCUGUAUGUUGGCGCCGAUACCAUUGACUUCUAACCAAGCUUCUAACUCCAUUACGGUGGAGAAUACUGAACUCAACAAAGGAGAGUCCCCUUACGGCUACAGUGCGGACUAUGAGUAUGACCGGUUGAGCUUUCCCUGUGGAAAGCCCUCACAGGUGGAACUGCUGGAAAAUGCCGUAAACGACAGUGCAGAUGUCCGGGUGCAAUAUGUAAACUACCUGCGAGCAAGUAGAUUCGAAUGCGGAAACGAUUUGGAAAAGGUUCUGAGACGAAUGUUUGAAAACGAGGCUUUCAUAGGCUGCAACUACACGACACUGCCGAUUCGAUCAUCGAGGCCCAAUCUGAGGAACUACAUCAUUCUGAAUGACUGCAUGCUAGAAGCAUGGUCGGACCUCACAAACGACGCCCUGUACGAACAAUUUUCUGUACUGAUUCCGAAAAUGGGCAGACUGGCCUACAAGCGCCAACUGCGGGCCCGCCAGAGGAAAGCCUUGCGACGUUUUAAGGCGGCGGCCACCAAGAAGAAGGGAAAGUCACGUCCGAAAGUGAAGUGAUGUCGGAACAGGAGUGUUAUGUUUUAUAAGCUUGAAGCAAAUGAUGAAUUCGUUAUUAAUAUUAGUUUUUUAUUGGCAAUUUCUUGAAUUCGAAGUGAUAUGUUGUAUGCCAAAAUGUUGUUUUUGAUAAGUAAUGAAAUAAUCACACUAAGUUGAAAAAUACCUGGGAAACAA